AUGCAAAUCAUAUCAGAUGCAAUGAAAGAUAACCAAUUUACAAGUGAACAAUGCAUCUCAGCGUUAUCUUAUGAAUUUGUUGGUGUUUACGGAUCAGAAAAAAUCCAGCAAGCUGACGUUGAAUUGUUAUCUACUAUAUUCUCAGAAUCUAUAAAUCCGGAGUACAAGGGAUAUGUUGAAUUCCUGGCUCUUUUGAAGAAAAUAGAAAAUUUAAUACUAAAGGCAUACGAACCAAAAGUAACGCUCUUAUCACUUUUUCUAAUAACUUCAAGUAAAAUGGAUAAAAUUGAUGAGAAAGAGUUAAUUAAACUAAUAAAGAAAAACGGAUUAGAGACAAAGAAGGUUCUAAGUAUGAUGACUGUGAUUUGUAUAUCAAAGGGAUCUGUGACAAUAAGUGAGGAAGAUAUCAAUGAAGGGAUAAAUAAAAUCAAAUCAGCGAUAGUUAGAAGAUCGUCCAGGAUAAGGAAAACAAAUAAGUAA